AUGCCAGUGGACUCCAAAAAGAGAUUGCAAUACCCUGUAAAUUCUCAGAAGAGGAAGUACAAUCCUGAGUGGGAGGUCAAAUUUCCUUGGUUGCGUUAUUCGGAAUCAGAAGAUGGAACAUACUGCUCAUGCUGUUAUGCCUUUGCAAAGUCGUUUACUUCAAAUGACCCACUAAUUUCUGCUCCUUUCAAGGACUGGAAAAAUGCGAUAGGUGUCAAAAGAGGUAUUCUCACAAACCAUGAGAUGACAAAGUGUCACAGGAGUUCAAUGGUGGCCGCUGAAAACUUUAUGCUCGUUACUAGAAAGGAGAAGGAGUCCAUCAAAGAAUCCCUAAAUCGUAGUUAUUCAGAUAGAGUUCAGAAAAACAGGGAUGCCCUCUGUUCUAUUCUUGACGUGGUGAUUCUUCUGGCCAAAAGAGGUAUUCCAUUCAGAGGAAGGUGGGACAAAUCUGCUAAAAGAGAUAAUGGUAAUUUUGAAUAUUUUAUUCACUGGCUGGCAAAGUACGACAACAACCUGUCUGAUCACUUGUCCUCGGCUGCAAAAAACGCACGCUAUUUAUCCCCACAGGUGCAAAACGAAAUGAUAGAUUGUCUUGGUGAGGUCAUUUGCAGUACCCUUGUUUCAAAAGUCAAUAAGAGCAAGUUCAUCAGCAUCAUGGCGGACGAAACAACUGAUGUCUCGACGAUAGAGCAACUGUCUGUCUAUGUACGAUAUCUUGACAUGUCAUCUGUUAUCAACAACGUUGAAGUCGAUGAAGUCUUCCUUAGGUUUGUACCGCUACCCAGAACUGAUUCAGCUACCAUUACUGAUCUCUUGAUUGAUCACGUGAAGCGUGAAGAGGAAAUCCUUUUGGCCGCCACAAACCGCGAAUGCUUACCAACUUUGAGCGACACACGAUGGCUGUCACGGGUUGAUUCUAUCAGUACGCUUCUGGUGAAUUACUCAAGGAUAUACGAUGCGAUAUCUGAAGUCAUGAUGCAAUCAACUGGGAAGGCAUCCCAUGAUGCGUCGGGCUUUUUACGAGCAUUGUUUCAGCAGUUCUCACUCAAUAUAUCCUAG